CUCUCUUUCUUUCACCUAUAACAUUAUCAUCAUCUUCCUUCACUGAUCUUCAAAACCACCGUUCAUAUAUUUGUCUCUCACUCUCUCAAAAUUAAAUCUCUUGAAAGAUAGUUUUUUUCUCUUUUUUUUCUUAGAUCACUUUUUUUUUCUCUUCUAAUUUCCACUAUUAUAAGCUUAAAAAUAAAAUCAAACCCUAUUAUUUAUUUUCACAAAAAGUGCACUAAAGAUCCAAUCUAGAAAAAAAUACCUAAUAAUUAAUGAUGAAUUCUCUUCAUCAAGAAUUUGAAUCUUCAUCAAACAAAGAAAUUAUGAACACCAACCUCAUGAGCAUAACGAACACAUCAUCAUCAUCAUCAACAACAUCAUCAACAUCCAUGAUGACCAUAUCAUCAUCAUCUACUACAUCAUCAACAACAUCACCACCUUCAACAUCAACAACACCAAGUAGAUAUGAGAAUCAAAAGAGAAGAGAUUGGAACACUUUUGGACAAUACCUAAGAAACCAUAGACCACCACUCUCACUCUCACGUUGUAGUGGAGCUCAUGUCCUUGAAUUCUUAAGGUAUCUUGACCAAUUUGGUAAAACAAAAGUUCACACACAAAUUUGUCCUUUCUAUGGACACCCUAAUCCACCUGCACCUUGUCCUUGUCCUCUUCGCCAAGCGUGGGGGAGUCUUGAUGCACUCAUUGGGAGACUUAGGGCUGCUUUUGAAGAGAAUGGUGGGAAACCUGAAGCUAAUCCUUUUGGUGCUCGUGCUGUUAGACUUUACCUUCGUGAAGUCAGAGAUUCACAAGCUAAAGCUAGAGGUAUUAGUUAUGAGAAAAAGAAGCGGAAGCGUCCGCCUCAGCCGCCGCUGCCACCACCGGAAUCAAAUGCAACUACAACUGAUCAUCCCUAGUAAGUUGUGAGAUGAGUAGAUGGUGUAUUAGUGCAGUGUGAGAUUGGGCGUGUGGAUGCAGUGCAAUGAGAGAAACUGCAAGUAGCAGUGUGAGUAAGUAAUUUGAAGUUGCGGUUAGAAGCAGUAAUAGCUAAAGGGUUUGUGUUUGUGUGUUGUGUGACCAAUUAUUCACGGUCCAAUUUGUAAUAAAUACGUGUGUACUUGAAGGUGGGUCAUUUAUGACUCAGUUAUGGAUUUGCAGAUCAUGUUCCAUGUCUACUUCUUUAUAUCCAUGCGGUAAAUUGCUAUUA